AUGAUGCAUGCGCAGGCAUGCAUCACCAGUCAAUUCGACGACAAGUUCAAGAAGGCCGAUGAAACAGUAAACACCAUUCAGAACGCUAUACAAGAAGUCAGCACCACUUUAACGGAUGACCAUAAUACCCUAGCAGCGAUCCAUGGCAUGGUCGGUGAAACUAAGGUCAUUUUGGCUGGAGUCAACAACACCGUGAACCAAACACAAGCUGCGAUAGCAGCAAUCCGCGACACAGUCAUCAACACCCGAAACGACUUGGAAGCAGUCAACGACACUGUCAACAAUAUGCAUGUUGCCCUGGCGGCGGUUAACGAUACCGUCACUGCGUCCCAAGCUGCUGUGAUGUCAUCAAUGUUCGAGAUCGCUUGA